UAAAGCCAAAGCUUUUUGUAGGCUCUUCAGGUAGGGAACAGGCAAAAUGUGGGAUCUGCUUAUUCUGAGGACCCAUUACUGCUGCACAGUAAGCAGCUGGGGUAAAGAAAAAAUGGCAGUGGGUUAUGAAGAGUCUAUGUUCACAUAUGUAGUACACUAUAAUUUAUUGCAUGACCUAGCGGUCUUAAAUACUCCAACCAACUCUCAUUUGCCUGUUUUGUGGUUAGCAGAGUCAGAGAGAAAGUUAUGGUUUUGGGAGAAUUGCUAAACUUUCUGUUCAAGCAACUGAUUUCUUUCCCAUCUUCCUGUUUGCUUCAAGCUCUCUGGUGGCUGGGAUGCUCAGCACCAUGAACAGCCUCAUUGUCACUAUCCUCAUGUGGACCACAAUGGCGUUUGCUGAAACAGACACGUCUCUUGAAGAGAUCCCUGAUGCCGGUUUUCGAAAGUGCCAGGAUGCUUUACAUCUGCCUGUUCUGGAAGUGCUACCUGGAGGUGGCUGGGAUAACCUGAGGAAUAUAGACAUGGGACGGGUGAUGGAACUGACAUACACCAACUGUAAGACCACUGAAGACGGAAUGUACCUCAUCCCCGAUCAAGUCUUCACUAUUCCUCAGAAGGAGAGCAACGUGGAUAUGAACUCGGAGAUCCUGGAUUCCUGGGAGAAUUACCGCAGCAUCACCUCCUUUUCCAUCAACAUGAAUUUCGAUUAUAAUCUCAAGGUCAACGGCAAGUUCUCGACUGAGUUCCAAAGAGUGAAGACCAAUCAGGUGAAGGACAGGACUGUAACUACAAGAGUUCAGGUGAGAGACCUGGUCUACACAGUGAAAAACAACCCAAGCGCAGAGCUCAGCUUGGGGUUUAAGAAAGAGCUCAUGGAAAUCUGUGACCGUCUAGAGAAAAACGAGAUAAAGACGGCCAACUACCUGGCAGAACUCUUGGUCCUCAACUACGGCACACACGUAAUCACGAGUGUGGAUGCUGGGGCUGUGCUGGUUCAGGAGGAUCACAUCAGCUCCUCCUUCCUUAAGAACAGUGAGGGAACCCGUGUGGCUGUGACUGCAUCUGCUGGACUGACCUUUGCAAAGAUGGUGAACUUCAACACCGGGAUGGAUUUUGCCUACAAGAAUACCUUGGCCACAGGCUACCUUGCUAACAGAACCAACUCCAGGGUGCAGAGCAUUGGAGGGAUUCCGUUCUACCCGGGCAUCACCUUAGAAACCUGGCAGAAGGGCAUCAUUAACCACCUGGUGGCAAUAGACCGUGUUGGCCUGCCUCUGCACUUCUUCAUCAAGCCUGACAAGCUGCCUGAUUUUCCACAGCAUGUGCUGGAGAAGCUGUCCAAGACAGUGGAAACUGCUGUGAAAAGCUAUUACAACUUUAACACGUACCCGGGCUGCACAAAUGUUGACUCUCCCAACUUCGAUUUUCAAGCCAAUAUGGAUGAUGGCUCCUGUGAUGGUAAAAUGGCUAUCUCUCCAUUUGGAGGGGUUUAUCAAGUGUGUUCUCAAUACUCAGGGCACAAUAACCUUUCCCUUUGCUCAAAUUUGGAGCAGAAGAAUCCACUCAGUGGUGAUUAUUCUUGUCCCUCUGGCUACACCUCUGUCCAUCUGCUGUCUCAGACCCAUGAAGAAGGUUACCAUGACAAGGAGUGUAAACAGAAAUGCACCCUCAAGAUCUUCUGUAGGAUGGUGUGUAAAGAUGUGUUCCGAGUAGCCAAGGCUGAAUAUAGAGCUUAUUGGUGUGCGGCCACUGGCCAAGAAUCUGAAAACUCAGGACUUCUCUUUGGGGGAGUCUUCACUGACAAGAGCAUCAACCCCGUGACAAAUGAACAGUCAUGCCCGACCAGUUACUUUCCACUGAACCUGUUUGAAAACCUCAAGGUAUGUGUUUCUCUGGAUCACGAGGUGGGGCCCAAAUUUUCAAUCCCCUUUGGUGGGUUCUUCAGCUGUACAAUGGGGAACCCCUUGUAUAACACUAUCACGUCUGGAGUCUUAGAGGAGUCAUUUCUGCGAAAGUGUCCUGGGGGCUUCAGCCAACAGCUGGCCACUAUCAUCGAUGGAUGCCAAGUAUCCUAUUGUGUCAAAGCUGGGAUCUUUACAAAAUCAUCCUUGGCCCCCGUCAGGCUCCCACCUUACACUCAGCUACCUAUUAUGAGUCAGGUUGCCAACAACUCCAUUGUAAUGACAAGCGGAGAGGGUGCCAGACCCUGGGUUAAGGACUCCUACACCCAGCAGUGGAGGCUGGAGGACUCGUCGAAACUGGACAGUAGUAGCCUAUCAGCAGGUGCAGCUGCUGGAAUCACAAUUGGGGUUAUCUUGGCACUAGGGCUUUUAAUUGCCAUGGCCAUCUAUGGCAAACUGAGGUUUAAGAAGAGUGAAUAUGAAAUAGGAAGAAAGGUGCUUCUCCCUUUUCCAAGAGCUAGAGUCACCCCUGAUGGGGUACAGGAUCCAAGUCCAGCUUAAGCCUUCCCUAAAGAGACCGUUCCUCUCAUCUCCAAGCCCAGGUUCAAGCUCCCUCUUCACUCCUUUCUUCUCCACCUCUGCCUUCCUAAGAAGUGAAGUCCCAGCUGCAACAAAAGGGAGGUUUUCUAGCUCUGUGGUUUCGUGUAUGUCUCUGCAUUGGGAAUUAAAGGAUCUGUGGGAACAAGGUAGAGAAAGAAAGACUUUCAACUCAUUGAGCACAACCCAGCCCUGGUUCUUAGCCGUAACGGGAGCACUUAUCCCCAAGCAAACUGGUUGUCUUCACCUGAAUCUCUGUGUGUGAAAACAGCUGGGUUGGAGAGCAAGAGCCUCGUGGUAAAACUGCAUUUAUCCUGAAGUUGGCAGAAGUUCUCCAGUUUGUGAGCUGGAAGACUUUGCUGUCCCUGUGUCUUGUUUUGAGUUUUGUAUCUUAGACUCUGAAAAUACAUAGAUGGUCCUGUUCAGCCAGUGCGUUGGAGACUCCUGAGCUCUGCUUGGAUGACUGUGUCAUCUCCCGGGGCAACUGAGAGGAACUGCGGGACCCACAGCAAGUGACUGUUCUGUGUCUGCCUCACAGUUAGGAUUUACU